CAUUCUUGUGACGUCAUCACGCAAAGCGUUGUACUGAACGUUUCUGUUGUUUCGUUCUUGCUUGGCCCUGCUUUUCAGCCUUAUCUGUCGUUGAAAGAAUCUUGUGUUUUUAAUGUUCUGGAUCGCACCGGAUUCUUCUGCUUCUCAUGGAACCACCGGGAACCUUGUCGGUGAUUCACUGGAACCGGGCCGCGGGCAGAUAGCUAAGCUCACUGGUUCGCAGGUUAGCUAGCUGCGUAGCUGACUGCAGAACUCUGUGAGAGGUCGGUUGGUAUAAAAACACCCUGCUCAAAUAAAAAAAAACCACAAGGAACAGGGUUUUACUAAAUAUUUCAAAUUAAGCAAUAAGACAUUCUUAAAUAUUCGGCGUGAAAAUAAUUUACCUAAUUUAUUUAGAGUUACAUAAACUAAUGCUUUUAUUCGUUGUGUGUACUCCCAAAAAAUAUUUCAAUGAGAAAAAGAAAUAGUUGAAAAUAGUGGAACAGAUUAACAUAUCUCAUAUUAUUAUAGCUUAAAAACGAUAAGACUUUUAUUCGUAGCAGAGUCCAUAUUCAUUAUUUCAUACGUCAUUCAUCUUAUUAACUAGCUGUAGGUAAUUAAAAUAUGUAAUUAGGCACUUGAUUUUGUCGCUUCAACUCCGAACAGAUAUAAUCUUUAUACCUAUGUAUUGUUUUUAAAACUUGCUUUAUUGAGUUUGUUGUUUUUUUAUAGCGUUUCAACAACCGGAAAACAGUUGCUGUUAAUUUUAAUAUUUUAUGUUAGAAGUUUGGUCUGAUGGGCUCAACUGGCUGCGUUGAUGCGUCAUCACGGCCGCCAUAUUAGUAGGGUAAGAAAUCAAUAUAGACUAAAAGAACUGCUGCUUCUGCAGGGUUUAAGGAAGUUUAAAUUUUACUCAUGAUGUUAAAUGUUUGUUUUCUCUCGAAGGCUUGGUAGUAGAUAAACAAUUUAAAUGUUUGAAAAAGAACUUGUUUUUUGUAGGGGAACCAUAGAUAUUUUAUAUGGUCAUGUAUAGCCAAAGUGAGUAGUCAUAAAUCGUAUUUAGAUCAAAUCAAACGUCACGUCUCUUCUGUGACUUCAGAUUUCAGUGAUGAGCAGUUCAUCAACCCAUAAAACAAUAAAAUCUGAUUUGGUUCUGCAGCCAAUUUUUUUCCAUUUUAGCAUUUUGAUUUGAGACUAAAACAUAAAAUAUGUAAAAAGACCUUUUUUCCGAUUCAUAAACAACACCAAUCAUUUUUUUCCUUUUCUGAUUUUUGUUUUUAGUUUAAAAUGGAAAGAAUGAAUGAUAGGCAGCCAUGUUGGAUCUUGAGUUCUUUGUUAGGAUACCCUUCAGAGACGUGGGUAGAAUGUCUGAACUCUAGGGAUGUGUAUUGGUGAAAUUAUGGCUAUAUGAUACGCAUCACGAUACAGGGGAGAGGACGCAAUAUAUCGCGAUACAUUCAGUUAGUCAAUAUUAGCAAUUUUAGGCUGAAUUUAAUAUAGGAGAAUUCAAUAAGCAGUCCAAUCUGGUACUUAACAUGUUUAACAUGAGGUAUCUGAACCAUAACAGAGGGAUUUACAUUUCAAUGGCGGAAACAAAACCUAUUGCACACUGCUGCAAACUAGCGGUCAGCGUUUGAAGUGCACCGAAAAAAAAGAAAAGACACAAAUGUUUGCAUGUAAAUUCUUCCAAAAAUUAGAUACACAGUUUUUGAAUAUUGAUAUAUCGCUGGAAAAAAUAUCACGAUAUAUUGCCAUAUCGAUAUUUUUUACAUCCCUACUGAAUUCUAAAAUUUUCAAGUUAGAAAUCCAACUUUGGAGAUGUUCCAGAUAAUUUUUGCAACUUAAAACUGUGAAUAGAAAUGUCUGUGGUUGUGUUGCAGUAUGGCAUUGCCUUUUAAGAUCCCAAAGAAGAAGCGUCCCGCUGACUCCGCCAACCCACUCAUGCAGUCGCCUCUGUCCUGCCUCCAUAGCUCCGGCUCUCUGAGUUUUGGGAGUUCAUCUGACAGAGGCUGUGCGGACAGGAUGCGUGCUGGGAACUAUCCGGGUUUCUCUACAGCUGGAGUCAGACACGUGGGUAAAACAUCUGAAAUCAGCUGGCCUAAUGGUGCAUCUGCAGCCAAUCACAGGUCAGCAGGAAGUUGGAAAAUCCAAUCACAGCAGGGACAAAGCGCUGGGCUGUCGACAAACGGCAGGUGGCGACCUAAGAGAGCAUCAGAUCGUCUGCAGAACUCUGAGGUCUCUGAGUGUCAGUCUCCACCACAGAAGAAGCAGAGUAGUGAUGGUUUAGGUUCCACCCGGCUGAAUAAAAACAUCACUGUGUUGUCUGGGGACACUCUGGCAGAGCUGCGAACAGAGGAGCAUGCUGGGAGUUUGAGUUCUUCUGUUUCAUGGGGAGGAGCUGAGUCUGACGGGAAGAGCGAUGCAGUAAAAGAGCAGAAAAAGAAUUUGUCUGGCUCUAGUCCAGAUGAGACAUCCGAGGAUGACUUCCAGCCGCUGUCAGGAGCCAAAUUCAGGUCUUCCUUCACCCACAGACCCUCCUCUUCCUCCUCUGUCUCCCAUGUGAAGUUGCUGAUGAAGCCCUCAGACAGAAGAGAAGUCCCUGAGCUCGAUGACAGCAUGAUGGAGACACAGAGAGACAGGUGGAGAACAUUUAGAGAGAGGAAGAACAAAUCAGCUGUUCUGCAUCUGCGACUGAAGAAAGCCAAACCGACUCCGAGUGAACCCAUUGUUCUUUCAAGUGAGGAAGAGGAGGAAGUCCAACAGUACAGCGACAAAGCGAGACAGAUGCAGAGCAGCAGUCGAGUGGAGGAAAGAGGAAACUCUGAGAAGCUCCAGGUUUCCAAACGGCUGGAUCCUCCACAGCCUUCCUUCCUGCAGCUGGAGUUCUGCUCGCUUCACGUGGGCCUGAUGGAGGUUGGCGCCAACGGUCUGAUGAUGAUCACUGAAAACGGGAUCAUUCUUCCUGUCAAAGGGACGGAAGACAGCGAGGUGACAGUUGUUGCCUCUCAGCUCAGAGGUUAUGGUGUAUGGAAUGGGGACGUGGCUCAGGGCGGGACCCUGCUGGCUGGCUGGGAAGGCUCCGCCCCCUCGCUGCUGUUCCUGUGGGUGUCAGAGGCUCAGGCUAACCUGCUGCAGAGGGAGCUGUGGAGCGCUGCUGCUAACGCUCCCUCGUGUACCUUUGUCCUGCUGGUGUUGAAGGAGCAGCUUCAGGAUCUUAAGGAGGCUCUUUUUGCCUCCAUCCUGGACAUGGAGGAAUAUAAACAGGGUCGAUCCUCCUCCUGCUUCUCCUCCCCCAUAGACUGGACUGAUGGGCUGCUACUGAUCCACAGCUGUCCUCCUCCUGUGGACCAACACCUCCUCCGCCUGCUGGGACACUCGUCUAAGACCAGUCCACCUAGCCGGACUCGGAGCACCUCUGCCAGGCUGCUGCAGCUGCCUACUAGGCUGAUCCAGUAUCCGCUAGUUCCGUGUAAGGGCCGGAUCACGGUGACUGAGGAGGAUCUGGCCUGUCUGGAACCAGGAGAGUUCCUGAAUGAUGUCAUCAUCGACUUCUACCUCAAGUUUCUUCUCCUGGAGGGCGUUGGCGGUAUGGUGGCCCAGAGGAGCCACGUCUUCAGCACUUUCUUCUACAAACAGCUGAGCAGAAGGCGGGCAGCUGGUGAGGACGACGCCCCUUCUGUCCCAGAUCGCCGCACGAGACAUCAGAGGGUGAAGACGUGGACGCGCCAUGUGGACAUUUUCACCAAAGACUUCCUGUUUGUGCCUGUUAACCAAGAAGCUCACUGGUUCCUGGUGGUGGUCUGUUUUCCAGGUCUGGAGGAGGUCCGGAUCGAGGAGUUCCAGACCCAAGCAGCAGGUGGAUCAGGGAAACCAGUAGGAAAUCUGAACCUCUGCCUGAGAGCACCUCAGCCUCCGGAGAGCACUCAGCUGGGCUGUGGGAGGAGCACGGUCACCAAGAGACCGUGUCUGCUUGUGAUGGACUCCCUGAAGUUAUCUUAUCAUGAGAAUGUCUGCAGGCUGAUCAGAGACUACCUGCAGGUGGAGUGGGAGGUUCGGAGGAAGACUCCUCGACUCUUCACCCACAACAGCAUGAGGAGCUGCAACUGUAGAGUUCCUCAGCAGGACAACAGCAGCGACUGUGGACUGUACCUGCUACAGUACGUGGAGAGCUUCCUGCAGAACCCCGUGGUGCACUUUGACCUCCCAGUGCGAUUGGACAGCUGGUUUCCACGGCAACAAGUGAGGCAGAAGCGCGAGGACAUCCGGAGGCUGAUCAUGAGGCUUCAGCAGAGCCAGACGGACGAUAUAAAACCAGUAACCUCUCCGAGUUGAUGACCGAUUCUAAAUAAAAUCUUUAGAGCUUUCCUUUUUGCCGUGAAUGUAAAUAAUUUUAUAAGUUGAUUUUACUGAUAAAGUUUGAUAAAAUAAAAGCAUUCAGUUUUCCUCUGAA